UACUUUUUAUAGUUUAACGACUUGCUUCAGAAAAAUGUUAUGAAUUUUUACCAUUUUCUCUAUUAUAUCGAUGACAAAUGGAAAUAAUCGAUAUGAAUAUAUUGUUAAUAGUAAAUAAGACAUAACGUAAUAAUUGCAUUUCUUAAAUGAAAGAUAUAAUGAAAAGGAUAGAGGAGUCGAAGGUCCGCCGUAUCAACAUACAGUCCUGUGUGAAGAGUGGGGUAGCGUGCUCAAUGGCAGAGAGUGGGGGUUUCGAGGGUGCCGCUCGGUACGAUCGGUGCGCGCUGGAGCAGUGUCAGUCGGGACGUGCAUUGAAAAGGGUAAUGAGAGUAUUUGUUCUGUCCCCACUUGCUUCUUCCUUAUCUAUUCUCCCCUCUUUAAUUCGACUGAUCACGUCGACUCUAUUCCUCUCGCUCGUUCGACCUUCGAUCAAGAGAGAAAGAUAAAGAAAAGAAAAAAGAGAAAAGGAAGGAAUACUUAUUGUCGAGGGCAGACAAGACGCUCGAUACGUCGUGUCUCUUCGGCGCGCGGCUUGCCGACGACGAGACGACAAAAAGCGCCCUUUAUCGAGCGAUCUCUUCUCUCGUGUGCACGUGUCUUAAAAUAAGGGAAAGAAGAAGAAAAGUAAAGAGAAAAGAAAAAAGAGUCUCAACUCUCGACGAAGGAAGAGGAAAGAAGAAUACAAAAUAAAACUUCGAAUGUAGGGAUAGAGGGCCGAAAGAGCUUCGUGAAAGAUGCCAGUGGCUCACGAGGCGAGUAAAUGUGCAGAGUUUGAAGCAGACGAGGAGGAAGGUGCAAGAGGAGAACGACUACAAGAGGAGAAGAGGCAGCAGGAGCAGAACCGGGGCCAUCGGCCCUCGGGGUGCACCACCUCUUCUUAACGCUGCGAACGAAGCAACGUGCAUGUAUGAGCCUAUGAUUAUAAAUUUGUCUUGCUUCGUUCUCAUCCUUAGUUAAGGGCACUAACGAGAAGUACGGAGAUUUUACACAUUGAUAGAAAAAAAAGUACAAGGAGCUAAUAAAUGUAAAUGCGAUCAAACACAAUCUAACUGCUCCAUUUACACUUCGUUCAUCUUGAUCGUGUUUAAGCUUAGGAAGCACUGAUAGCAAAAGUACUAUAGUGCCUCUUAUCUUUCUUAUUAUCGUUGACACGAUCCUAGACGGCAACGGAAUCGUUGUUUGUUGUUAUUGUUGUUGUUAUUGUUAUUAUUGUGAAAGAGAAAGAAAAAUGCCAGCAUUACCGAGCACGAUCGAGUCACGGCACAUCGAUGACGUGACGCCACCUCCGAUGAUAGCUUCCUCACCGUCUUCCUCAACAUCCUCUUCAGCAUCGUCCUCAACGUCUUCACCACCAGCACCAAGAAUGACAAGUCCUCCGAAUGUUGCUACGGCGACAUGUUAUCUCCCGGAAUCAAGAUUGAUCUCUAGAUCGAUUGUUUCUACUAGAUAUCCAGAAGAAAUUGAGGAAACCGCGAGAAGUAAUUCAGCAUCGACAGGUAGCACUGGUAGCAGUAAGUCUGCCGACGCUAGACCAAGGCAAAGUCUCUCGAAAAGCUCUACUUCCUUGCGGAGUCUUGUUCGAAGAAAGAGUCGACGACAAGUUGGUGGUAGUGCUACUGUAAGUGGUGGAUCUUCAUCUAUUAUUGAGUCCAACAAUGAUUCUCGACACUCUCGUCAUCAAGGUUCUGAAGAUGGACUUCAUCGAAGACGAGAAAGUACAGGAGGAGAAGAAGAGACGACGAUGUACACAAGUGGAAGGUCAUCUGCUCGAAGAGCUUCUUCUGUAGUUAGAGGAACAAUGGUAGCAGGAAUAGUUGGAGGCCAGGACAACAACAAUAUUGGUCAAGAUGCUUCUUCAUCCAUUAGCAACGUUGUUUUCGUUGCACCCACUGUGGUCUCUAAUGCCAACAGGUUCGUUCGAACGACUUCAUCGUCUCUUGUACGUGCAACCAGCGUGCCUACUACUCCUGGACCAUCGACUUCAAACUCGUCCUCGCACUGGAACAACUCGAGUGAACAGGAGACCGACUAUGUUGUCGAUCCUGUUCAAGGAAAGGCAUACUACAAGGGACAAUUUCUUGGAAGAGGUGGUUUUGCUAGGGUCUACCUGAUGACCGACGUCAGUGAUGGAAAUCAAUACGCUUGCAAGAUAAUCCCGAAAAAUCGGAUGCAGAAGAUCCACAUGCAAAAGAUUGCACGCGAAAUCAUAAUUCAUAAAGAAUUGAAUCAUGUGAACGUUGUACAGAUGCAUCAUUAUUUCGAGGACAAUCUAAACGUAUAUAUGCUGUUGGAAGCCUGUCCGCGAAAGAGCCUAAUGCACGUAUUGAAGUAUCGUGGUAAAGUCACGGAGCCGGAAGCACGGUAUUACAUGAAACAAAUGGUGACCGGUGUGGCGUAUAUCCACUCGCAGAAGGUCGUCCAUCGUGAUCUGAAGCCAGGUAACAUGUUCCUGUCGGAUCGUAUGAUCGUCAAAAUUGGAGACUUUGGCUUGGCGACAAGGCCCGAUGGUCAACGUAGACGUGUGACCAUAUGUGGUACACCAAAUUAUAUUGCACCGGAAGUUUUGUAUAAACAAGCAUACAGCUAUGAGGCGGAUGUUUGGGCAUUGGGUUGCAUCCUUUAUGCAUUGCUAGUUGGGCAACCACCCUUCGAUACGGCGACAUUAAAGGAAACCUACGCGAGGAUAUGUAAAAAUGACUAUCGCGAGGUCGACGACUCGAUAGCAAGUCGGAGCGGUCAGAAUCUCAUAAACUGGUUGCUACAACCGGAUCCAGAGUUGCGACCGUCCUCGGAAAGGGUGAAGGAGCACCCGUAUCUCACGAAGGAAUACAUACCACCCUCUUUACCCCACACUUGUUGCUACCAAAUGCCGCACGCGACGAUACUCGAACCCGCCUCUUCUUCGCCUUCUUCGGUCUCAACUGCUUCCAGAAAUCAGGAACUUGGAAAAACUCAGGCUUGGCAAAGCUUAGACCAUCCAAAUAUUUCUCCACGUUCUCAGCAACGAGCAACAAUGCCCAACGCACAGCAACCAAUGCAAAAUCAACAAUUGCUUGAACGAUCUCAAAAGAAUAUACAAAAAGAUUCGAAGGUGUCCAAUUGGUUGGUACGAAAAUUACCAAAAUUACCGAAAUUCAAGCAACGACUCAGUAGCGUACUUUGUCCUGAUCAUAAGAAAACUAGUCUCCUUGCACAAAGUGUUCAGAUGCAUCGUGCAUUGGAGAGUUGUGUUUCUGAGAUGAAACGGAACAAUCUACAACAGAAUCCCCCAGGCGUCGAAGAUAUCGUGCCUCUUUUUGUUACUAAGUGGAUAGACUAUUCCAACAAAUACGGCUUAGGUUUCCAACUCUCAGAUAAAUCCGUUGGUGUUUUGUUCAACGACAACACGAAGAUCAGUUAUACUCAUGACAGGAGAAGAGUCGAAUAUAUGACGAUCGAUGACGAAGUGACGAGAUAUCACAGAGAAAGGGAUAUACCGGUGCCUUUACAAAAGAAACUCGAGUUGCUCCAUCACUUUACUCAAUACAUGGACGAAUUUUUAACAGAAGGAGGCGAAAUCAAGAAAUAUCGAACAACAAUGAAACAGUCGAAGAACGCAUACGUUCCACGUAUGAGACGGUGGCUUAGAACAGACAAGGCGAUCGUAAUGGAAUUAACGGUGCCACUACUUCAAGUAAACUUCUUCGUUGAUCAUACGAAGAUAAUAGUAUCUCAGGAAACUGGCAAAGGAUAUCUUAUCACCUACAUCAACACCGGUAGACAUGUUUCAUCUUACUGGUUAAAUGAUCUUCGCGAUUUCGGUUGUACUGCUGAUCUCUAUGAACGACUUUAUUACGUUUGCAAGGUGACUCGAGAAUUUGCAGAGUUAGACAACAAUACGAUCGCCUGACCAAAUCGUGUUCUUCGACGACGUUCUUCGCAGAACGUGAAUCUCGUGAAAAGAACGAAACUAGGUCGAAUGACCUGAAAACGAAAAUUUAAAAUAUUUUCUUCUUUAAAUCAUUGAGUUCGAAUUUGAUCAGAUUUUCAGGAUCACGAACUCCCGAAAAAAUCAAUAUUUUCCAUUUAUCAUAGACUGCAUCGGUUAGAGAGAAUCGAUGAAAAAAGCUUUAACUCUUUUGUUCAUCGACAUUUGUACAUUCGAUAGAAAUUUACGGUUUUAGAUAACUCAAAUUUAAGUCAUUCGAUAAUCAUAAUAUUAGGAAUGAAAUGUGUCUUUCCAUUAUUAUUUAGCUGAGCGAGAAUGCUUCGAGAUAUGCUCCAACGAUGCCCACAUACCUUACAAGUAAUCAUAGAUCUCUAUUUUAUUUCUGAAAGAUUAGGAAUUGGUCGUUAAAAUUAUAUAUAUAUUACAAAUU